AUGUGUUGUUUUUUAUUCAUUAUUUGGGAUCAAAUUUAUUGGUGUGACAACGCAGUAGUUCUGUCCCUUCCACUUCUAUCUAUCUCUUUCUCUCUCUCGGUCUCUCUCUCUCUUUCUCUCUCUGUAUCUAUCUAUCUAUCUAUCUAUCUAUCUAUAUCUAUAUCUAUAUCUAUAUAUAUAUGGAGUGUGGAACAUUCUGUUACAACACUAUCUAUCUAUCUAUCUAUCUAUCUAUCUGUCUGUCUGUCUGUUGUGACUAAGAGGAGGACACCACAACACUAUCUAUCUAUCUAUCUAUCUCAUAUUUAUUUGUAUCUAUAUAUUCGUAUCUAUUCUAUUCAUAUCUAUAUAUCUUAUUCUUUUCUUAUCUAUCUAUCUAUCGAUCUAUCUAUCUAUCUAUAUAUCUGUUUUCAUUCUCUGGAAAUGGAUUCUGCUUCUUAUUCUCUUUCAUUUUUCGUUCAUUAUUUCACACUUUCUCUCUUUUCUCUUCUUGUCGCUUUCUUAUACAUUACUAUCGACUUCCCACAGCCUUAUGCCAAUAACGAUCAUACACAACUCACUCCCCCCUCUCUCUCUCUCUCUCUCUCUCUCUCUUUCUCUCUCUUUCUCUCAAGGGCUUUAAUGAAAAUUGUUGUGUUCGCAUGCGGCGCAAGACACAAGAUAGUAUUCCUUUCGGGGGUUGAUAGCAACUUUCCAAAAGCGCUUGCUAUCUAG